CCGGUUUUAUUUUGAAAACCUCUACCCGGAAGUAGUCGACGCAACGCAAGUAGCAUGAGCUAACGUUACAUCUUACUCGUUUGACAACAUCCUCUGUCUUAUCUGUCAGACCACAAACAUGUAAGAGUAAAUUACGCCGCGAUAACCGAGUCCACCUUAGACUGUUUGUUGAAGGCAGUUAAAUGGUUGCAGUGAGUCCGACGUAGAAGAGAAAAAACGGAAACGGCUAAUUUGCUAACACACAUAUUCAUGUGCGUUCUGCUUUUACCGUCAUAUUGCUAGUUUGUCGUAGGUAUGGACCUGUAGCCAAAGUAGACUUUUCUUUUUGUACAAUAUUUAUUCGUUUCUUCACGACUAAGUGCUUUAUUCGGGCUCAAAAGGGGAAGUGAGCUCGUACACCCUGCAGGCCUUCAUGUGUGUUUGUUUUCUGCUUCGAAACAUCGUUGAAAAACGGGGUCCUCUUGGUUCAGCCUGCUAACAAGUCCCUGCGCUGCGAUAACAACUACUUUAAUGAGAUAAGAGUUGGAGCAUCCUGGUCGUUAUAAUGAGUUUCUUUAGUUUUGGACAAAGUGCAGAAAUCGAUGUAGUCCUCAAUGACGCCGAAACGAGAAAAAAGGUUGAACACAAGACCGAAGAUGGGAAGAAAGACAAAUACUUUCUUUUCUACGACGGAGAGACAGUCAGUGGAAAGGUGAAUGUGACGCUGAAGAACCCCGGGAAGAGGCUGGAGCAUCACGGCAUCAAAAUCGAAUUUGUCGGCCAAAUAGAGCUGUAUUACGACAGAGGAAACCAUCAUGAAUUUGUUUCCCUGGUGAAGGAUCUUGCGAGACCCGGUGAAAUAACCCAGUCGCAGACCUUCGACUUUGAGUUCACACACGUGGAGAAACCCUACGAGUCCUACACAGGCCAGAACGUCAAGCUAAGGUACUUCCUUCGCGCCACGGUGAUAAGAAGAUUAAAUGACAUAAGUAAAGAGAUGGACAUUGUGGUCCACACACUGAGCACCUACCCUGAACUCAACUCCUCUAUCAAGAUGGAAGUUGGAAUCGAAGACUGCCUCCAUAUCGAGUUUGAGUACAACAAAUCUAAAUACCAUCUGAAGGAUGUGAUUGUGGGCAAAAUCUAUUUCCUCCUGGUGAGGAUUAAAAUAAAACACAUGGAGAUCGACAUCAUCAAACGCGAGACGACCGGCACCGGCCCGAGCGUCUACCACGAAAACGACACGAUCGCAAAGUACGAGAUCAUGGACGGAGCGCCGGUUCGAGGUGAAUCUAUUCCUAUCCGAUUAUUUCUGGCCGGUUAUGAUCUGACUCCGACCAUGCGAGACAUCAACAAGAAGUUCUCCGUGCGUUACUACCUGAAUCUGGUAUUGAUCGAUGAAGAGGAGAGACGCUACUUUAAACAACAGGAAAUCACACUGUGGAGAAAAGGAGACGUGGUGAGGAAAAGCAUGUCCCAUCAGGCCGCCAUCGCCUCCCAGAGGUUCGAGGGCUCGGCCGCUUCAGAGAGCGCCCUGGAGCAGGCCGCCAAGGAGGAGAGCGGGUAGCUCCGCCCAUCUUCCGCUCGCCGGCAAAUCUGCACCGGACGGAUGAUCACCUGACAACUGUGCAAACAUCUGGCGAGGCAGCUGUUUUACUCGUGGCUGUGCUGGUAAAAAAAACAAACAAAAGAAACGAGUGAAAAGGGAGGAAGGAGGGAAGAAAAAAACACAACACGAUGCACACUAAUACCGUGCGUGAACUUUUAAAAAAAAGAAGAGAAAAAAAACAGUUUGCAUGAGGCGUUCAGGGUGGCUUCAGGCUCCUUCCUCACACAUGCUUAUUAUUUUCUGUACAGGAAUCAAACUAAUCACCUGUCGCAGUGUCUGCUGUGUAAGAUCACGUAAAAUUCCUUUACAUUUUUACGCUUUCUUCAUUACAUUCUAAUGCUUUUUGGACAUAUUGAUUUCCCUUUUUCUUUGUCAAAUACCCAUUUUCUUCCAAGUGAAUCUCUGACAUUCCACGUCGAAUGAAUGAAUUCCUAUAAGGUCUAACAAUAAGAGAAAAAAAAAAAAGAGCAUCGACUUUUGCACUGCUUGAUCUUGUUGAACACGUUUUCCUUUUUCUUUUUUUUGUUGCACAAAAUGCAUCAGAAACUGGAACCUCUUGGUCCUGUUUGGGCGAGAGCUUUGAAGUAUUAUCCCACUUCCUGUUUUUUUUUUUUUUUUAAUCUGUAAAUAAGACCAGUCAAACCUGUUAACCUGUUCCAGCUUGUAUAGGUUGAUUUAACCCGGACACAGAGCUACAGAUUGACCUUGUCAUGUCCAUGUGCUUUUACCUCAGCAUUCCAGUGAUGUUUCGGAGAAGUGUUUGUAUUAGGGUCCGACUGUACGGAGUCAUCUGUAUCCUCCUCAUUAGAGACUUGAAAGUUGUGCCUAUGUGUAUUAAGCUAAUGAAAAUCUUCCUGCCUCUAACAUGAUUUUAGUCUUUUAACCAGAGAAAAAUUACAGUAGAACUAUCUAUCUUUUGCAAAAUGCUUAUCGAUUAUUCCUCAUUCCCAAGCGUCCAAUAAAUUGAUGCCAAA